GAAGAUUUAUUUAUUAUACCACCGAAAUAAGAAGAUAAUGUUCCCUCCAUGUCUCGCUCUUCACUCUGGUCACAUGGCAACCGCCACGUAUUCUUCUUCUUCGUCUUCCCUGUUCUGUCGCUUCCAUGAUACGGGAGGAAAAUGGCAUCCUCCUCCGGUGAGCAAGCGAAGGAACAUCGACGCCUCCAUUUCAAGAAGAAGUCAAAAAGGGCCACGCCAUCUGAUCACGAUCGGUACCUCGGACAGAAGGUGGCAUGGCCAAUGGACCUGCAAUUAUGUCGUCUCUCUCCGAGACUUGAGGUUAUCGGAUUUGGUCGAAGAUGAGCAGAAAGACGCCAAAGUGCUCAUCAACCUCAGCAUAGAGAAGCAUGCCGGCUUCGGCUUAUCAAUCGACGGGAGGAUCACUACAUCUUUCACCAGAAAAUGCAGUAAUUGCUCUUCCCCCUAUUGCAGAGAGCAGAUGAAUACAAGUUUCAAUGUUUGGAUUCUGACAUCUCAUAGAGUCGGUCAUGCGACCGAACUUCCCGAGAUCGGAGGAGAUGAUCCAUCAGUCAUUUAUGUCAAACCUGGAUAUGAAGCGCAUCUUGAUCAACUUAUUCGAGACACUCUUCGGCUUACUACCUCGGUCAAAGAUACAUGCUCAGAAUCAUGUGAGAAAUCCGAGCCUACACUCCAGUAUAUUGGUGGUCCAAAAGCUGCUUCGGUUGAGAAGAGGUGGUGCAGACUCUUGGAGCUGAAGAACACGAAUCGUUGACCGAUAAAUGACAGUUUAAUCUAUUUCUUACCAUAAGAAGUAUACUGUACAUGACUUUAGCAGACACCUUGUCGAUUUCCCCUUGCCCUAAUCCUGCCUGUAGAGAGAUUGAGGACCCAUUAUGUGAAAACGUGAUUAUUACCUAACAUUUUGUGUUAAUAGGUUGCAAUAAAAGGUUCUUUCUCGAAUAAAUCAUGCUUUUGAUUCCUG